AUGUCGUCUGGAUCAGUGCUUUUGACAGAAGAAAGAAACCCUCGAGGUAUCCCAAAAGCUCCCUUCAUCGCCGAUGUCGAACAAUAUUUAGGCGGUCCUGAAGGAGAAGUCGAAAUCCCGUUGCGAAACUUCCAAGAUGCUAUUGCGAAGUACCGAUACAUGGAGAACAACCUAGCUCAGCGGAGAAGAGGGCUUGAAGACAAAAUACCUGAUAUCAGGAAGACCCUGAACAUGGUCGAAUAUCUUCAAUCGCGACGCGAAGCGAAAAAUAAGACCAGAGAGGAAGACGAUUUAGAAGAUGACCUUGACGGAGACGACGCGCAGAAACCAUUACAAACCACAUUUGAGCUCAACGAUACGCUUUUCGCUGAGGCUGAACUUGAAGAUACGGACACCGUGUUUUUAUGGCUGGGGGCUAACGUGAUGCUCUCGUACAAACUUCCUGCGGCGGUAUCACUCUUGAGAUCGAAACUCGACGCAGCGAGCACAAGUCUGGAAAACACGAUCGAGGACUUGGAGUUCCUGCGUGAACAACUGACUGUCAUGGAAGUGAACACCGCGCGCGUGUACAACUGGGAUGUCAAACGAAGACGGGAGAAACGGAUGAAAGAAGAGGCGCAAACGAAGCAAUUAGCUGAGAAGACAGACAGUUAG